UAGAUUUCCAUUUCAUCCACAUAGUUCAUUAUCCUUUUGAAUUAUGAAGCCAAGUAAUUUGACAGUUUUGCAUUACAAAAAACAUUUCAGAAACAGUGCCGUCCAUUUCCCUUCAGUUUCCCCGUCAUAACGGGUGAGCUGAACAUGGCGGCUGCAUCCGUCCCUGCUACUCUUCUGUCCUACUUCCCCCACCGAUGCGAAGCUGAACCUCCUAACCGAAGCAGGCGUAAACCUAAACGACUGCUAACGAACAUCCAAAGACGAAAAGACAACCACCCAAAGCUCAAGUCCGGUGAAUUCCUGCCGCCAAUACCGCUCUCCUUCUCCGCUGGUGACACAGCUACGACCUACACUCAACUGCCUCCGAAAGAUGACUUUUUGGUCACGAAUCUCCAUAAUUUGGAGGAAAUUAAGCUCAACGAGUUCAUCACUCCUUUCAAAAAGGAAGAACUCCAUUCUGAGAUGGAGUCACACGAUGAUGAAUUAUCAGAUAUUCAGAAAAGUGAGGAGAACUUAGGAUUUGAUUAUGGUAGAUUUGAGCUGUAUGAAGCUGAUUCUGAAAAUGAUGUUGAUGAAAAAGACUAUGAGGAUGAUGUUGAUGACGCUGUGGAUACCAUUUUUGAAGGAGAGGGGACUGAAAUGAAGGAGAAAGAAAAAGGAGUACCUGCCGUGAUGAGGUGUUUUGAUAGGGCGAAGAUAUACGUGAAAGCAGGGAAUGGAGGAAAUGGUGUGGUGGCAUUUCGCAGAGAGAAGUUUGUGCCAUUGGGAGGGCCGGCAGGUGGGGAUGGAGGGAGGGGAGGAAAUGUGUAUGUGGAGGUAGAUGGUUCAAUGAAUUCGCUGCUGCCUUUUAGGCAGAGAGUACAUUUUAGAGCUGGGAGGGGAGGCCAUGGCCAGGGAAGGAAGCAGUUCGGUGCCAAGGGUGAGGAUGUGGUGGUGAAAGUACCACCAGGGACGGUUGUUAGGGAUGCAGGUAAUGGUGAGGAGCAAGGAAAUGUGCUUCUUGAGUUGCUGCAUCCAGGUCAGAAGGCGUUGUUGCUGCCAGGAGGGAGAGGUGGGAGAGGGAAUGCAUCUUUUAAAACAGGGACGAAUAAGGUGCCCAGGAUAGCAGAGAAUGGAGAAGAAGGUCAAGAUAUGUGGUUGGAAUUGGAGCUUAAGUUGGUUGCAGAUGUUGGAAUAAUUGGAGCUCCCAAUGCAGGGAAAAGUACGUUUCUCAGUGUCAUUAGUGCUGCUCAGCCUACUAUUGCAAAUUACCCAUUCACCACUUUGCUCCCGAAUCUGGGAGUGGUUUCAUUUGAUUAUGAUUCUACAAUGGUUGUAGCCGAUUUGCCUGGUUUACUUGAAGGGGCACAUCGAGGUUUUGGUUUGGGUCACGAAUUUCUUAGGCACUCUGAAAGAUGUUCUGUUCUGGUGCAUGUUGUUGAUGGGUCAUCUCAGCAGCCAGAAUAUGAGUUCGACGCAGUACGCCUUGAGCUGGAGAUGUUUAGCCCUGAACUUGCUCAGAAGCCUUGUGUAGUCGUUUACAACAAAAUGGAUCUUCCAGAAGCAUCUGAAAAUUGGCAAUCCUUCAGGGACAGCGUGAAGAGCCGCGGCAUUGAACCUUUUUCCAUGAGUGCGGUGAAGAAAGAGGGUACACAUGAAGUGAUAUGUGCUGCAUAUGAGCUUGUUCUUAGGAGAAAGACAGCUGAUAUAGAAGAGGCAGAAGGUCCUGAAAAUUUGAACUAUGUGGCUGAUUUAUUGAAAAAGCAGAAAAAUGCUCCAAUAAGUGAAUUUGAGAUAUCACAUGAUGGUGCUUUCAAUACAUGGCAUGUUGUUGGAUCAGGCCUGCAGCGUUUUGUCCAAAUGACAAACUGGAGUUAUAUCGAUUCUGAGAGAAGAUUUCAACAUGUUCUGGAGGCUUGUGGUGUGAAUAAAUCUCUCAUUAAACUUGGGGUAAAGGAGGGUGACACUGUUGUUGUUGGAGAUAUGGAGAUGGUGUGGAAUGAUGGCCCAAGCAGAUCAGGUCCUUCAAGUAAGAAGUGGGCAAACGAACGAAUUCAAUGAUCUCAACAGACACACUUCAUUUCCCCAACAUUCACAGACACAAAAAAUCGCCUAGGUGGGCAAAUAACUAAACAAGUCAUGUGAGUGUACUAUGUCUAUGACCAAAAUGUUGUUUGUUACUACUACUCGGCUCCGUUCGGUGGAUAUCGGACUACUGUCGCAAAUGUUGUAUUAUUUAGAAUUUGUUAUGUUUGUAUGUAAUCCGUGAUCUGAUUAAUAUUGUUGGAGUUUUACAUUAUACUUCAUGUUGUUACAUAAUUGCAACUUUUUUCUUUUUUUGUAAGUUCCAUAAUAAUUGCAACACUACCUUUUCUAGUUUCUAGUAGUAAGAAAUAACC